UUAUACGUACUUUAAGUAAAUUAUUAUUCAGUAUUAUAACAAGCAUCGUUAAGAGAAGGCGGUCAAAUAUAAAAUGGACUAUAAACCAAAGAAAAACAUUUUACGCUUACGACCAGAUACUAUCGAUUAUGUUUAUAGAAGUAUUAAUUUAAGCAAGCCAGGUGAAAUGGAAUAUGCUAUCAGAAUGUUACGAGAUUGGACUGAAAAGCAACCCCAUUUUAAAAGAAACGAUUUUUCUGACAACUUUUUGCGUUCCUCAAUAAUUGUUGCGAAGGGAUCCAUUGAGAACGCUAAGCAGAAAAUCGACAAAUUGUGUACUCUACGGUCAUUACUUCCAGAGAAUUUCCGUUGUUUUAACGCUAAGGAAGAUUUCGCUCACGUGUUUGAAGUCAUGAAACCAAUUGUUUUACCACAAGUUACAGAAGAUCACUGCAGAUUGAUGACAGUGAAAGUUUACGGGACUAUCGAAUCGUGUCAUAUAUCUGAUGCACUCAAAUACUCGAUUGUUCUCGGCGAUUAUAUGCGACAAUGCGACUUCAUUCGCGAAUAUAUUUGUAUUUUUGACUUGAGCGAUGUCAACAUAAUGGACGUAAUAACAAAACUUAAUCUUAUGGACUUAAGACACGCUUUCGCGGUAUACUUUGAAGGACAUGGUUUGAGAUUUAAGAGCAUGUACUUCAUAACAACGUCCAAACUUGUAGAUACCUUGAUCAAUCUCCUAAAACAAGUCCUAAAGCCAAAACUUAUUGACCGUAUCAAAGUCGUGAAGUCCUGGGAUGAAGUACACAAUAUAAUUGACAAGGACAUCCUGCCUGUUGACUUCGGUGGUUACGAGAGAUCAGAGCAGGAGUUACAUGAUGAUUGGUUAGAAGAGACAUGCAAUGAAGAAUUCCAGAAAUAUUUGCGUGAUAUAAACUCAACAGGAACGGAUGAGAGUUCGAGGCCAUCUUACAAAUUCAAUGAGGAAUAUGCUGGAAUGCCUGGAACGUUUAAACAGUUAACCGUUGAUUAAAGAAAUAUUGUGUAUUGGUUAAAGAUAGAUCACAUUUAAAUCCGUUUUCUAUCAAUUUUAGUGAAAUAUGACUUAACAUCAAUAACCAACAAAUGAACUACGGGGAUAAUAUUUAUGAAAAAUUAAAGUGAUUUAUA